AUGGAGGCAAAAAUAAGGCACUCUAGCUCUCCCGCGGAAGAGUUAAACUUGAAACUGGAUACGUCUUCUCACGCCAAUCCUGUUGAGCCGUGGGAUUCACCUUGGAAACGGAAAAAUAACCAACAGAUAGUGAAGUGGUCUACUGUUUCAUUGGCCUUGACCUCUGUUGCCCUCCUUCUUAUCGUUUUGAAGUGCUCCACUUGGAUACGAGCAAACUCAUCAAGAAGCUUCAGAAUUCUUGCGGAAGGAGGGGAAGACGAGGGCAAGGAAACUUCGCAUCUUCUCGAAGGUGGUCCCGAUAUAUCUGGAGAGUGCGAGAGCGGCGAAGCUGGUGCCUCUGGCACUCGGCGGGAGCGAAGACAUUCAAGAAGGUGGAGUCAUUUGUUUCGAAUAGGACCAACUUCACAGCCAACUCGAGCUGAAACGAGUGGUGAAGAGGGCGCCAGUGCCAGUACAUCUCAGCCGCACCCAGAAUGGACUGAGCACCAGAGCAAUAUUAAUGUCGGAGAGCCCUCUGCUUAUCAAUAUCAUGGCCUUGGGAAACCCUACUACUUCCCAUUUCUUGGAGUAAAGCCAGAGCACCGACGUUUACGGGAAAUGCUGGAGAGGCUUGGUCAAUAUGCGGAAAAGCUCUGCUUCCCUCAUCAGCAAGCGCGUGACAAGGUAUUCGAUGCACUUUGCCCAAAGCUUGAUGGCACGGGCGAAGUGCAUCUAUUUGUUGAAAUUCAGGAGAUUGAUAGUCACCAUAGGAGUGCCUUUUCGCAGCUCAAGUCACUGUUCUCAAAAAUCGAUUAUACCCAUCGCCAUUUUGGGCGCGAUGUACAAGCUGUAGUUGAGGAAAUGAUCGUUGUGGUUCUCACUGAAGUGGCCAGAUCAGGCAUUCCGCCGGGGGGAACAACCCCUUUGGCGAUCGUCCUUGAGAAGCCACACGACGUGCCCUGCACAGGCCGUGUUUUGAUUAAGGUCCACGCCGAACGCUAG